GUUACAAGCAGACUUCAGACGCGAUCGAUAAGAUAUCCUAUAAUCAUUGUGUGGUUCAGUGGUAUAACGUUAUUGUCUUAUUGAGUAGUAACAUUAGAAAAAUGGUUUUCAAAACAGUCGUACCUAUCAUAAUUUUGGGUCUUGUGAUACUGGUCAUCGGCACAACACAUAAUAACCCAGUUUAUGUCAUCACAGACACAGAGAACAUAAAUCAGGUAACAGGGCUAAGCUUUGUACCACCUGAAGGAAGAAAUUUGUUUUGGAGCCCAUGCCUUGGUAAGAUGGCAUGUAGGAAUACGGCAUUGUUCCCGAUAAUCGAUGCACUAGGCGGAUCGCUUGUCGCUGAACCGUCAACAUUACGCUGUUUCAGACGCGCCCCACGUGGAAAACAGGUUCAAAUGUGUAAUUGCUCCGAAAUAACAAUUUCUCAGAUAGCGAUGUUAUUUUACAACUCAUCCAGUCAUCAAAUCAUUGAUAUGAACCAACCUUCGAAAAAAAUGUGUUUGGAGAUUGGAAAGAAUAAUGCGGCAAUCUUGUCACCAAUUUGCAAGACCACAUACAUACUUCAACCAAGAAAGCCACUUAAAGAAACGCAUAGACAGAGAGUGGCCCCGUGGUUCCAGCGCUCGUCUAUAGCAACUAAAAGAUAGGAUAAAGUUGCAAGAUGUCCACAUUAUGAUUUAUUAGAAUAUUAUUAGAUUACAUAUUAAUUUUGCAUUUUGAAUAUUUCCUUCUGGCACUGAAGACUAAUUCACUCAAAGUAAAAACAAACACAAUUUACUUAUCUACACCUACGUGUAUAUACAGUUUUGCAUGUAUUUAAAAAACUAACAAAAAAUGCGAUCUGUUAUCAGUAUUUAUAGGAAUGAAAAGUAACAGAAAAAUCAGUUCAGCAUCGUCUAUUUUGAAACAGUGGUGGAUUUUGGGUCCGUCGUUAAUAUCAUAGUGAAAUAAAGGGUGUAUCAUUAAUGUCAUAGGAAAAUAAAGGGUAUACCGUUGAUAAUAAUGUGAAAUGAAGGUUAGUCUAUUGUUAAUGAAGCUAAUAGCAU